AUGGAGGCAGACCCGUUCUUCUGGUCUAUUGAUGAAGUGGUCGCGUACCUUUGCCAUGGCUCGUUCAACGACUGGGCUCGCUCCUCUCUACCGCGUCCCGAUCCAAUCCAAUUGGAGGGCCACCUGCGAGAGAACUACGUGACUGGGGAAGUCCUUUUGACUGAAGUCGAUAGGGAGGCCUUGCCUCGCUAUCUUGGGUUGAAAGCUCUCGGGCACCAAGCAACAAUCUUCAAGGCGAUUCAGUACUUGAGAUCGCGUUCUUCCGAGUUUCGUAACGGUGUUAACAAUGACUUCUCAAAUACCCAGAAUGCCGUAGUCACCUCCCCUGCCAGAGUUGACACCUUUCCUGGCCCGCCUGUGGCCGAAAACAGAUCUAUACCGACACCCCUACGAUCUUCCCCCCAGUCUCAAGCUCCACUAGCCCAACUGGCUACCCCUCAGCCCGCCGAGUCUACGCUCAAGCUUGUCGAUCCCCCGGCACCUCAGCAAAAAGAAAGAGACGCUAGAAAACGUCGACGUCUCAAUCCUGACGCGCUAUCUACCCAAUUGCUAGCUAAUGUCCCCGAGAAUCCCCACCGGAAGAGAUACCUCUGUUUCCAGAAGCAUCCGGUUAAGGAUGUGUUCUAUAAAGGGAUUGAUAGUGACGAUGAUAAUGAUACGUUUGGAUAUGUACGUCCGGCAAAUUGCUCAACGGGUGAAUCCCGCUUUAUUAAUAGGCGAAUACUACAUUUCUUACAACAAGUACCACAACCAUUCCCGGAGGAUAAAGAAGGAUCUCUUGCAAUAUUUCCAUAUGACGAAAAUGUUGCACCAGAUGUACCUCGCUACUUCACGCUCUACAAUAAAAAUAAUGGGAGAGUCAGUGUUCGAAUGGAGGAAGUUUCAAAAUGGCCGCAUCUCAGAGAAAAAUCCCCCUUGGACUAUCUUGCUGUCAAGUAUCCCCCACAGAGCGAUGAAUUGCCAUUGUACGGCGAAUCUGGGUCCGAAGACUAUGACUCCGAGACUUGUAGGGAUAUGGAUGAAGCUAGGGACGACGCGAAAAGUGAUAAUGAGGAUGUUGCGUCUAGCCUCAUGUCUGCAGCCGACUUGAACGCGAUUAUUGAUCAGUUUAUUACCGAUACUAUUGAAAAAUGGCGGAAUACCAAGCUUCCAAUCUAUGAAAGAACGGCAUAUGCAUUGUGGAAUAAAUCAAGGAAGAAGGGAACUGUUUCCAGCGAUAUUCGUCGAGCAAAAGUCCAGAUCACUCAUUUUGACAAGCGUCUUGCUAGCUGGAUAAAAGGCAUAAAAAGUAACGAAUAUGAAACAGGUGACCGUGGUAAAGUUUUACGACAGUGCGCAUCAUUGGAAGUGACAGUGACGCAGAGAGAGAUUCAGAAAUGGCGAGUGUCUGUCUUGGAGUUAGAGACAUGCCCUUCCAAGCCGAGUGCUCCUCCAGCUCGCCCGACAGCGUCCCGACCACGCUUCAGGGAUAAUGACGAGGAAUCUAUUGGGUCCGAUACUGACGAAGCUGUGGAAAGUGACCCGGAUUUCGUUGUCUCCGAUGAUAACCCGAUGAAUACGCAAGGAACAAUAUCCCCUGAAAGGAAUAGAAAUGUUGUCCCUUCACCAUCAUCCAUUCUAGAGAAAGAGAACACAAACCCUCUACCUGACUCGGCUGCUCAGAUCCCCAUAAGAGGCCCAUUUGAAGAUGUUGACGUUCUGGACUUGACUGAAGCAGAUAUAGAAGGUGAACAAGAGAUCGAGGAUGCUGACGGCUCUGGCAGCCUGGAUAUCCACACACCGCCAUUAAAUCCCACAGGAAGUUCGAAGGAUGGGCUUGUGUUUUCUCCCCCUCCCCCUCCCGCUCUUCCUAACCCGGUGCGCGAUCGCUCUCCUUCAGAUGACGAAUCAUCUAGGCAACCUGACAUAACUGAUGUUACUGCAUUGAAUAAGAUCGACUGGGAGACCGUUAUAGAACGGGGCGAUAGGAGACUACUCCUCGCCAAAAUCAUCUAUACUCUGUCCAAGGAUGAGCGAGCGAAGUUAACUGCAUUACUUGGCUCUGUGGAAAAGAAUACAUGGCGUCGGCGACUACGGGAGGCCUUAAAGGCGAUUCAGAAGAAAGGAUACAAAAUUACAUCUAUACCUGGGGAAGAUGUCUAUCUCUAUAAGAGGAUGGCUACCUUGUACGUCUCGUGGUUCAAAGUGGUUCUUAUUAGGGGGAACGUAGGUAUUCCGACAGCCUACUUGAGGGAAGCCCGCCGUAAGGAUGAGGUGUUUCCUUAUUACAAUGAUCUUACAGAGAUUCUUUGUGUUGAGAAUCGAAAGAGUAUAAAGCGGGAGACAUCCUGCGAAAUCAUCAACUCGUCGCAGAAUACCUUGCGCAAUGGCUCUUCGGUAGUCACCGAUCCAAUUAUUAUUAUAGAUGACGAUGAUGAAGAAGAGCCUUCAGGGAGGGAAGCUCAGACACAAGAAAUUGUGAGAUCCACUCCACGCAAAAAAAGAAAGAGAGCCGUGGCAGAAAGUAGGGAAGCCAUGGAGACGCAAAGUCGGGCGCAGCGCCGUGUUGAAGAACAGGCAACACGGCAGCGGAUAUUACAAGAAGAAGGGGGAAUUGAAAAUGAUGAUCCAGAGAAGAAAAUCAUCAGCUUUGAUGAUCCUGUUAUCUGUCUACACCGCGAUCUCGGACGCCGCAUCAAAGAGCAUCAACUUUCAGGGAUUCAAUUCAUGUGGAGAGAACUGAUCAAGGAUGAGAAAAAUGAAGGCUGUCUUCUAGCUCAUACAAUGGGACUAGGGAAGACAAUGCAAGUGAUCUCUCUUCUGGUAACCAUUGCCAAUGCAUCAAAUUCAUCAGAUCCCAAAAUCAAAGAGCAGAUCCCAAGACGGUUUAGAACAUCUAGGACUCUGAUUACAUGCCCUGCAUCGUUAAUAGAUAACUGGGAAGAAGAAUUUGCCAAAUGGACCCCGCCAGAUGCAGUGACUAGGGAUAACCUAGGGCGAGUGCGUAAAGCUAUAUCCCAGGACCCAAUACAGCGGCUCCGUACCAUUAAUGCCUGGUAUACUGAGGGUGGCGUCCUACUGAUCAGUCAUGAGCUCUUGCGACGAAUGAUUCUUUACAAUCCCCAGAAAACUGGCUUGCAAAGACUGUCUACCGAACAGUGUGAGAUGCUCAAAGGACAGUUACUCGAUGGUCCAAAUAUUGUUGUUGCAGAUGAGGCACACAAGAUGAAGAAUGGCGCGUCUAACCUGUCAAAAGCAUGCAGUAUGUUCAAGUCGAAAAGUCGCAUCGCAUUAACCGGAUCUCCCCUGUCAAAUCAAUUGAUUGAUUACUAUCAAAUGGUCAAUUGGAUUUCGCCUAACUACCUUGGGACGCUGAAACAGUUUAAAGCUAAAUAUGAGGAGCCUAUAAGAGAAGGCUUAUACUACGACAGUACCAAUGCGGAAUACGUCAAGUCUCGCAAGAAAUUGGAAGUCUUGAAAAAGGUUCUUGAGCCAAAGGUAAACCGGGCCGGCAUAUCAGUCCUCCAAAAAGACCUUCCUUCCAAAUUUGAAUUUGUCAUUUAUAUCCCACCGACACCCCUGCAAAAGGAAACCUACAAUCAGUUCGUGGCUUUGACCAUGGAAGGGAAAGGUGAAUUUGAAUUCACACGGCUGUGGGUUUUGCUUUCUUAUCUGACCCUUCUAUGCCAUCAUCCUUCAUGUUUCUUGCGAAGGAUUCUUGAGAAAAAGAAAGCAAGGAGCCAGGUCAUUGAGAGGGAGAAAGCCAUAGAGGGAGGCCCGGGAGUAGUAGUUCCUUCAGAGUCCGAGCCCGAAGCGAACGUUGAUGACAGCUCAAUCUUAAUCACUGUGGAGGAUGAUGUUCUAGAAAUUGAGGGCCAAACCGCCAUAACGGAUGAAGUUGUGUCACAAUUUGAGCAAAAGUUCAAAGACAUAAAAGAUUUGGAUUCCCCUGAGAAUUCCCAUCGUACGCAGAUGGUUGGACAAAUUGUUGACGAAUCUAUCAAAGCGGGAGACAAAAUCCUCAUAUUUUCGGGAUAUUUACACACACUUUCUUAUCUUGGCUCAAUGUUAGAGGCGAGAGGCCACAAGUACUGUCGCUUGGAUGGAAAGACGCCGAUAGCAACUCGACAGGCAGCAACAAGGGAUUUCACAGACUCAGAUGCGCACGUAUACCUUAUCUCAACGAAAGCGGGCGCCUUAGGCCUCAACAUCAUUGGCGCAAAUCGGGUUAUUAUCUUUGAGUCCGAGUACAACCCAACCUGGGAGGAGCAGGCCAUUGGGCGGGCAUACCGUCUUGGACAGACCAAGGACGUUUUUGUCUAUCGCUUCGUCAUGGGAGGAACGUUCGAGGAAUUGAUACAUGAGAAGGGUGUUUUCAAGAAAAACAUGGCCCUUCGGGCUAUUGACAAAAAGAACCCUACACGGUCUACGGGCAAGUCUACAAGCGAAUUCAGACGCCCUAUCCAAAGUUGCAAGAAGCAUGAUUUGUCCGAAUUCCAGGGCAAAGACCCAAAGGUAUUAGACAAAAUUCUCGCGCAGACUAACUUCAUUCAUCGAAUUGUCACCUCAGAAAACCUCCAUCGUGAGGAUGGUGUGCAAUUUACUCCAGAAGAGAAAAACGAGAUUCAAGCGGAGUUAGAUGAUGAGAGAUUGGAACGCUCCAACCCUGAGUUGUGGGCAAAGAAACAACAUGAAAGGAGAAUAGCACAAGAAAAACGCAUUCAGGAAGAUAUGAUGAAGGUGCUUCAAUCACGAUUCCCGGUUAACAACAGCCUUCAAUCUCGACCGGGCCACUAUUCCGUUCCUAUGCAGCAAGCAGCUCCUUUUAAUCAUAACGGCAACAGUGUCAUAAAUACACAGAAUAUGCGGCCCCCUUGGCCUCCAGCUUCACACUCGCCACAACUUCAUCUACAGCCCCAGACAGCACCAGUUACUCAUAGUAGCAACGGUGUCAUGAAUACGCAGAAUACGCUUCCCUCUGGGCCCGCACUUCCGCGUUCACCACAACUACAGUCACAACCCCAGACAGGUCCUGUUUCUCACAAUAGUAAUGGUGUCAUGAUUACGCCGAAUAUGGCUAUCCCUCGGCCCCCAGUUCCGCGUUCACCGCAGCCACAACCUCAGCUUCAGGUUGCUUCCCAGGCACCAAAUCAAAUGCAGUCCCCGUCACAAAUUUCAGCUUCAUCACAAGGUCGAAGCGAAACGGUAUCACCUCAGGCACCUCCAACACAAUCACGGCCGGUGCAAGGUCCUGCCUCAGCCCCGGUUUAUUCAGUCCCUCCAACUCUCCCAACACCUCAAGCUCCAGUUCCCGCCCCUCGAGCUCAAGAUCCGGCUACUUCCAUCUGCCGAGCGCCUUCAGAUCCCUCGACCCCGACCCUAGCUCCAGCUGCGGCUUCGGUUUCUCAGGCUUCUCCCGUUUCCCAACAAACGCAACAACCGAUCUCUCCGUCUAGUGUGUCUUCAGCAAACCGCGGCAAUCUAGGGGAGAAGGCCACUCAGCCUCGAAGUACACAGCCUUCUCCGUUACCCCCUUUGGUUACCCAGCCUGUACCAGAGCCCAGACCCAGUUCUCCCGAAAUGAUACACGCAGGGAUAAGAGAGACCUUUGGAUCCUUCUUUCUUUCCCACGAACGAACCUUGCUAGCCCCGUCUGAUAUUGAGUCAGUUUCUCGUUCCGCUCGCCCUCCGCCUGCUGUUCUUGAAUUAAAAUUUGCUCCUCCUGUCGCCUCCCUAAGGUCACUUGCAUCCAAGGUUUUUUUUUUUCCAUUAUCACUUAGUUAUAUUUGUGCAGCAUUUUUGCAUAUGGCUAUUUAUUAG